AUGAGACUUGAAACCUUUCCCGAAAAAACAUCAACUCCUGACAAAAGUAUGAUAGAUAAUAAUCAAGAGAUUAUUGUAAUAUAUUUACAGAAACGACAACAAACUACACGUUAUUAUGGCAUACCAUAUAAAACAAUUACAAUCACAGAAACUGCAGUACCUUUUGUUCCUUCUCGUGAUGUUAAUAAUCCGAUGACUGCGACACUUUAUUACCAACUUGUCAUGUAUUUGAUU